UUCGUGACUUUAUACAAAAACAAACUAUUUAUUGACGCUCAAAACCAAGUUUUAACACGCACUCACUACGUAAUUUAACAACAAAACCCAAAACAAACGUACUAACAGUGAAUUGUAACGUUACAACAACUCGCCAAGCAAAGUUUUUCGACUUUUGUUUAUAGUAAUCGCGGCGGCAACCUGGCCGAGUUAGGGAGAGCAACAGUUUGUUACUCGUUUACACGCGCGUCGCUUCCUUCGAUUUUGUUAGGUUAUACUUGUAUGUCAGUCGUGCAGUAAAAGACUGCGUGGUACGUCGCGUCGCUGCCGCGCGCGUUGUUAUCGUCGAAAACUUUUAUCUUGUGUCAAAUAUCUUCGAUAAACAGCGCAAAAUCGAUCCGAAUAACGAAUUUUAAUCGAAAAAGUGAUGCUGUAAGUGUUUCAGUGAUUUCUUGUGUUAGUUUCUGUGUAAUAACGAGUGCAUUCUUUGGUGAUUCAUCUCGUGACAAGAAAUUGUGUACCUACUGUGUCGCAUUGUGGAUGUAUUGGUAAAAAAUAUGUGUGCCGAGUACGAGUGAACUCUGGUUAUUUUCCGAAAAGAUAAUAAAUGCAGAGGAAUUUCAUUUGAGGGCGAUAAAAGAUACCACAAUAGUUUAGAAGGCGAUGUAUGUGGAGGGAAUUCGAUGUGAACUUAUCUCGUGACGGAAGAAAUUCUUCAUAAAAAUAAGGUUCAAAAGCACAUGACCUCAAAAUGGAGAAGAAAGUUUGGAUGCUAUUAAGCAUCUUCUUCGCCACAGCAGCAGCAGACUUCACUACCAACUGCCCAGAAGAAUGCAAAUGCGUUUGGGCAAGCGGGAACAAACAGGCAGACUGCUCACAUUCACAUCUAGAUGCUAUUCCCAGAAACCUCAGCUCUGAGAUACAAAACCUCGACCUUACAGGAAAUGAGCUGUACGAGGUGACAAGACACGCCUUCCAAGAUGUCGGCCUAAUUAACUUAAAGAAGCUCAUCCUAAAAGAGUGUAAACUAAUAACCAUCCAGAGAAGCGGUCUAAGUGGACUCGCUAUCAUGAUAGAACUCGAUCUAUCAAAGAAUGACUUGAAGACUUUACAUGCUGACACAUUCAAGGAGACUGCUAAAAUAAGAUGGAUCCUACUAAAUGACAAUCGUAUAGAAAAGUUGGAAGACGGGCUCUUCAACAAUUUACCGUUCCUACAGAAAGUAGAUUUAAGCAACAACAGAAUUGUACAAGUUGGAAUGAAGACGUUCAUGAACGUGCCCAAAUUAAAUAUUCUUAGGUUGGAUGGUAAUAAAUUGGAAUAUCUUAAAAUUGAUACAUUGAGUGCACUGACAUCGUUAUCAAACUUAGACGUUCACGACAACCCGUGGCGAUGCGACUGCUACCUACAACCCUUUAGAAAUUGGGUUAUCAGCAAAAACUUCUACACAUCCCCCAUAUCUUGUGUAGAGCCUCCUAAAGUGAAUGGAAGACUCUGGAAAGACCUAGACUCCAAAGAUUUUGCUUGCAAACCCAGCAUCGUAUACCCUUCCGUUAGCACAACUAUCCGAACAUCAGAUACUAACAUAACUCUCUCAUGUCUAGUCAACGGUAACCCCUCGCCUGAAGUAAACUGGGUACUCAACGCACAAAUCAUAGACAGUGAAUAUAGAUUCCAAGGAGAACGCAAGUACUACAUCAAACAGGAAAGUACAGAGAAUGCUAAAUGGGUCAACCUAACUAUUGUAGAUCUUGGUAGCACUGACAAUGGAGAUUAUUUAUGUGUCGCUAAAAAUGCCGGUGGUGUUGAAGAAAGAAGUCUCACUUUAGCUGUAGCACAUACCUUUCCUGAAAGUGGAGUGGUUCCCCAAGGAAUGGACAAUAACAUGAUGCCAGUGCUUAUUGGCGUGUCUUGCACCGCAGCAAUCUUGUUGAUAAUUCUGGUGAUUCUCUGCUACUGCUGCUGUAGACGUCGAGGUUCCGACAAGAAGAAAGCUGAGAAUUCUAAUGGAGAAGCGUUGAUUGAGGGGUCUGUGAUUCCUGAGAUGGAGAAGAGCUUAAUUACUGCUGUAAACCCAGUGACCAAGCCGCCGAGACGAUACGACGUACCUCCAUCGAUCACCAGCGGAGCGACCGAGAUGUCUGAACUUAACAAAACAUUGCUGGACAAUGAUUCUGUUUUUGCCCACAACGAAGACGAGAAACGCUCGCUAGACUUCGACCAGCCAUCCAAACGGUCGCAGGAUGCUCUCAAUGUAGAAUACGGUCGCACCGAUGGUCGAGCCUACCCUCCGGAUCUUCUCUCGUUCCCUCCCAGAGCUGCGCAGAUAUCACCAGCAGCCAGCAACGCUUCGACUGUUCCUGACACUACAAGGCUACCACCACAGCUUAACCCAAUCAGUCCAAUACACUCACCAAUUUACGGCAUGACCAACCAAAACCUCUUCAGAACUUUGCCUUAUUCCCGUUCUCAGUCUCCAUUCACAGCGCCCAUUACUCCUCCCGUCGUAACUCCUCGGCAAGGAUAUGUGACAAUCCCGAGAAGACCCAGAGUCCCUAGCUGGUCUAGUACAGCGAGCACAAAUAUCUUGCCAAGUUCUGAAGCUCAAGAACCCUUGUAUGAUAAUCUAGGGCUUAGGACUACGGCCGAUGGUAGUUCGGUGUUGUCAUUAAACAAAACUGGCUUAGAACCCCAAUUCUCGCCAAUGAGGAACAGACCCUUGCCAGCUACACCGACGCUCUACCCAAACUUGCAUCCAGUAUAUUACGCACCUAUUGAAGAACAAGAGCCAGCUCCUUCACCAGUCCCACAGCAAGCAAAUAGAAACAGUAUCAGCUCUCAGCUGUCACACCAGCUCUCCACUCCAGGGCCCCAGGAACCAGUGAACCCGAGAAUGAGCUGGACAGCUAAGAAUACGUCGACCCCACAACCUGAGCCCAGGAAAGUACUGUUCAGUGACAAUAAAAGCGAUGCGCAAUCCCAAGUGUCAGAUAGUAGUACCCUCAGUCGAAGAGGCAAGCCAGAGACUGGAUCGCUCAGAAGGAUUCCAAGGGUAGAUAGCAAGGAGGAGCCGACUUCGCCAUCGAAAGACGAAGCAAAGAAGAACGAAACUUCGUUGAACCAGUCGGGGACUUUGGGCAGGAGUGGAAAGAUCCCUCCACGACCACCGCCGAAGCCGAAGAAAAAGCCGAGUACAGAAGUGAACCCCAACGAACCGCUGUUUGAGGACGAAGGAGAGGACGGUACGGAAGUGUAAUAGUUUAGACUAAAGGUUAACCAAAGUGCCAAUGAGCUUUUAGUGAGAGGAGAUAGACCUACGUCACGAUAUCAGUGAAAAGACGUGUUUUUACAAUUAAUUUUCCGCGGUGCUCCUGUAAAUAGACAUUUGUGCUAGAUUUUUUACUUGUCGCGUAAAAUUAUGGACCAUUUUAAUAUUAUAAUCAUUGUAACGCAAUUGGACGUCGCGUUCAUCUUGAUUUUAAGUAUUUAUUAUUUGUGGUACUCUUUGGUUAAGACAUGGAUGGUAAGUGUUUGAUGGUUUCUGCUGCGACGAUUGUUUCAUCAAUUUCCAAGACUGAUUACUCUAAAUUGACACGCUUUUGUGGUAUAUGAACCGUUUGAAGCUGACACUAUUCCGUCGCAUCGACUGAAUUAAAAGUUUUAUCAUCUUUAGCUUUGCCUUGCUCGAUUCUAUCAGUGCUCGAAGAUUUUGUUCCACAACAUGCAUUAUUCAAAUGUGAAAGAAAGAGGAAAGUAACUGUAAUUGAACUUUGAAUUUCUUUUUACACAAGCUAGACAUGAGAAAUCUUUAUUUAUAUCAUUCCACAAUUGUUUUUGUUUGUUUGA